AUGGAGGCCAAGAAAAGGAAAAGGAAGAUUAAUGCCAAGAGGUCAGGGGAACAGGGCACUGACAACGAUGCAGGUCAGAGAUUUAGGCCUAUACCAUAGGUUCUCUAUAUCUGUCUGUGAUGUGCAGCUUGGCAUCUGUUUUCAAUGAAACUGUAGUCUAAUUGUAGUCAAAUAGUGUAGUCAGUAAGAAAGGUUACAUGGAUGGUUUUAUUCAAGUAGUCCUAUAAAACAAUUAUAUUAUAUCAGAGCAUAGUAUUGAGAGAGAAACAUAUAGAUUUCUCUGAAAUGUUCUUGUACUUUCUCAACGGCACUCACAUCUUUAGGAUUCAGGAAUAAACACCUGGACAGAGGAUCUGUAAUCAGUUGACCAUGAAAGACUGGAGCUCAUCGAGGAAGUGAAGUGUAUGGUGAAGGAGAUGUGUAGGAGUGGCACAAGGGCUGGCGGUUUCAGGUCCAGCACACGCUCUUCUAAGAGGUAGGUUCCCCACAAGGUUUUAAUGUGUGUGUGUGUGUGUGUGUGGAUAUUCCUGAACAAUCAUUUCUUGUCACGAGAAUUUCUAUCUCUAAUUAAUCAAACUUAAUGCUCUGAAUAAUUCCCAGAGGGUGUAAGGCUCUGGUUUAAUCAUGAAUUAAACAAAGGUCCACAAGCGGUUAUAAUGAUAACCCUAACAUUAAACCUUAUCACAUAAUCAAACAACGGCACAACCUUAAACUCAUAUGGGGCGGCAGGUAGCUUAGUGGUUAAGUGCGUUGUGCCAGCAACCGAGAGGACGCCGGUUCCAAUCCCCAAGCCGACCAGGUGAAAAAUCUGUCGAUGUGCCCCUGAGCAAGGCACUUAACCCUAAUUGCUCCUGUAAGUCGCUCUGGAUAAGAGCGUCUGCUAAAUGACUAAAAAUGUAAAUAUUCUCUACUUUCUCACCCAUGACUUACGUUUCGGUGAGAUAGUUCAUACGUAUAUAUUGUUAGAAAUGUAUAGGUACCUCUCAAAUAAUCGCUUCCUGGUGUUUUUAGCCAAUUCUUAAUCGACACAAAUCACUUCUUCAAACAUUUUACCCGUGGAACCAAAAAUAGACUGUCAUUUCCCGUACACUGCCCUUUCCUUUAUCUCUGCAGUCGCGAUGGUUAUGACCUGUUUUGUUACAGUAUUUACACGGGGCCUCACACUCUCUAGCAAAAUGACCUUCCUUGUUACAGUUAAAGCACUUCCUCUUAUCUCCUCCCCUAUUCUGCCUCCCUGAUUUAUUAUAGCUAUCUAAUCGCUUCAACUCUGUGUUUAAAUUCUCUAGUCUUUCCCGACUCUCCAAAAGCCAUACUCUCGCUGUCUCUAGCCCCUCCCCUCGCUGUUUCUUCAAAUCCGUUUCGCAAUUUACAUGCAUCUGCCUAAUCAUAGCCUCUAAUUUCUCUACAUCGAGAUGCCCAAUAAAUCCAUACCUCUUCUCCCAAAUGGAUCCAUGAUACAUAUUUCUUUGAACACUUCCUAACAAAUAUCUUUCAUCCCCCGUUAAUUCUCUGACCUCUUUAGAAUAUUUAUUUCCCAUGGUAGAAAAAGAAGAAAUCCCCCCAUUUAGUAAUAAUUCAAUCAAUAAUUAUUUUAUUUGGGACUUAUUAUUUGGUGCGACUUUUGAGUAAAUGUUAUGAUCAGCUUUUUUAAUCAACCAUUUAAAUUAUUCAACCCGUAACCCAGAGUUUUUUAAGACCCCCAUUUCAUGAAACGGAUGGGACAACCACUUUUUUUUCUUACGCGACCUAUUUUAGUCCCUUCCUUGAAACAAUUAUCACAUAUUUCGAUGGAUCAUUAGGUCUCACACGUAUACAACCUUAUACGAUUUUUUGCUAACACUAUCCGUAACCCAGAGGUCGUAACUGCUCUAGUUUUAUGAAAUAGACAGAGUUAGAGCAAAUCCCCAGUUGUUUAUGACUCUUGACUUGUUUAAUGUAUCUAUCUCACACGAUGAUAAUUAUCUCCCUUCCUGUUUAUAUUGUAAAGACUGUAUCUUGUACAAUCUCAAUAUUAACUAGUUUAUUUUGGUAUAGGCCUAUUACCUAGAGUCAUUUUCAGACCCCCCUUCCUUCCUUUAUACCCUUAUGAGAUUUUGGUAACUUCUCUGCCCUUCACAACAAUUACUCUUCUUGAACAAGUUCAAAUAAUUUCACCAAAAUCCAUGAAUAAAAAUUACUGACCUUAUUCUUGCACUUGGGAUAUAAAUGCUUUUUCAGAUCUCGUCAACAUCUUUAUCGUUCAUAAGGUUCAUCACCGGCCUGUUUAUAACCUUAACGUCAAAGGCCAGGUCUAUUCUAUACGGAUGCUAUCAUCCGCCCGUGCACGGUUUUCGGUGUCCUCAGAACGAUAAAGACGUAUUUUGAGCUCCGCUUGAAGGACCAUUUGUCACGAGAAUUUCUAUCUCUAAUUAAUCAAAGUUAAUGCUCUGAAUAAUUCCCAGAGGGUGUAAGGCUCUGGUUUAAUCAUGAAUUAAACAAAGGUCCACAACCGGCAAGAAUGAUCUGUAUGUUUAAUCAUGGAGAGCUCUGCCGCCAAAAAACACAUAUACAGCUUUUAUACCCCUUGACACACAAAGGCACGUUGCUCCGCCCACCUUUAGGAGGCCUUUAACCAGUUUCUCAGUACCCUUCACCCUGGAAUGUUUGUCUCAGCAGUUUCUAACUCACCCCCUCUGUUAGUGGGUUUAUAAUGAUAACCCUAACACAGUUCACACAGUCAUCACCAGUAUUGGGGUUAACAAUUUUAGUCAUAAUCAUAAUUCCUCUAUCAUUUCUCCAUUGAAAUUCACAAAUGUCUCAGCUUUCUAGCAGGUGCGUUUCACACCAUCUAAUGCAGUGCAAAAGGUUGUAUCAACAUUUACAUGUUAGUCAUUUAGCAGACGCUCUUAUCCAGAGCGACUUACAGUUAGUGCAUACAUUAUUUUUUAUUUUUUCAUACUGGCCCCACAUGGGAAUCCAACCCACAACCCUGGCGUUGCAAACGCCAUGCUCUACCAACUGAGCUACAUCCCUGCCGGCCAUUCCCUCCCCUACCCUGGGCCAAUUGUGCGCCGCCCCAUGGGUCUCCCGGUCGCGGCCAGUGCCUUAGACCACUGCGCCACUCGGGAGACAUCAACCCACAUUAUUUGAGCAGAUUUUAAUUAAUGAUGGUGAAAAAAGAAAACAAGCACAAAUGUAAAUUAUAUUUAGAAUACUAGACUACAGAUUUCGAUCUUAAUCGUUUGUCACAGAGAAUUUUCCUGCUGCAUCAGAAAAUUCUAAGGAGCCUGGUGAGUCCCUGAAAAAGAGCAGUUCUCUUUCUCUCCAUGCGGGGGCAGUCGAGUCAUUGGGAUCAGGGAUUGCUAUCAAAAUACUUUUCUCUCUCGCUCGCUCAAACGCUAGUCCUAUGUCCUAUUACUGCAACAUUCCAAUGUACAAAAAUGUUUUAUAUAGCUUAAUAACACAAGAUAGAUAUUGGUAUCCACUAGGCUACGACAUACAAGUGUCAAGUGUAUCCUAAGGUCAAAACUGAGUUCAAUUGUGGCCUGAGCUGGUCUAGUGGUUAGGACCGCUGCCUUCUGAAUGCACAUAUGUCAGCAUUGGAUUUGAUUCCUUCCCAUGCCCUUUUGGCACAAAGAACACAAUCCACUUGAUUUAUUUACACAUUUCAAAUAUGGACAGUCCAGGGAUAUUUUACCCCUGAUCUUGAUAAGUAAUGACUAUACCAGACACUUUUGAAUAACAUAAAUAGGAAAGAUAAAAUAGUAACAUUAGGCUACACCAACAUUAGUUUCCAUUUAUACAAAGUGUCGGGCAAAUUGCCACAAUAGAGUCGCCAUGAUAAACAAUGAAAUACUUUAUUUCUAUUGUAUGGAAAGUUUGUCAAAUAGAUAAAUCGCCCUUAGUCAGUUCAAAAAGUUGUUCUGAUUACUAUACCAACCAGAGGGCAAACAUAUCUUGAAACUUUGGUUGCAAGCAGGACUGUAGUACUGACAUCAUCUUUUAGGGAGUGGUAAUGAGGUGACCAAUAAUGGUUGCAAUUGAGAUCGGCUGUGCGGGGGAAUUUAGUGCAUAUUGAUGGUUUAACGAGACAUCAGCUGCCAAUAAUCAAUGGUUGUAAUAGACCCCUUGUUAUUUGAUUGUAUUCAGUAGACUACCUGUUAGCCUAUCCAUUGUCACAUAAUGGCUACAGUGUAUCCCUGGGUGAGUUGAUGAGCUGAUUUGGGCCAUCAGUUGAUUGACAGGUACUGUAGGCCUGCUGUAGAACGAUAAACUUUCCUCCAGUGUAGAUGCUCAUCCAUGUUUUAUAGUUAGGCUAUGUAUAAUUUGUCAAUAUACUGUAGUUCUGGUCUUUGGUGUGGAUUGAAAGCUUGUAUUGUGUGGCAUUAAUAUUCCAUUUUGUAAAGCUGUGACGAAACGAUUUGAGCCUAUCCAAAGACGAUUUGAUUAAGCCGAGACACUUUUCUUUGAUGUGUACAUUUUCAGACUAUUCAUUUUCCGUCUUGAAAUGUUUUAACUAAUUAACUUAUGGUCCUAAUGUAGGAUCAGGCUGGUCACUAUAUCGUCCAGCACUGGACACAAACUCAAGAGGCUCAUGAGCCUUCCCCAAACUAUAACCUUAACCACUCUGAAUUAAUGCCUAAACUGUUAACCUUUGAGUUGUUUCUGUUUCAACCCUGUAACCACGCGCCAUUAACCCUGUAACUACGCUGAAAAAAAUAGACAUUCAUCCAUGAGUCAAAGGUCAGUGGGCCAGAUUCGAACCCAUGCUGACUGGUAUAAUGUAUGCUGGGGUCAGUGGCUGUAUCCACUGGACCACACAGGCACUGAGAAAAUCAAGAAUGUAUUCUGCCUAUUAUUUGCCUACAACAUAUAAUAAAACAAUUGAUCUGUAAAAACGGAUUUGGCCUAACGAAUAAUACAUCUACCCCUACAAAUGCUGUCCAUAAGAAUUCACACAAGACAUGCUGAGGCCUGCACGUAACCUACAUAAGGCUGUAGCUCAGUUGGUAGAGCAUGGUGCUUGCAACGCCAGGGUUGUGGGUUCAUUUCCCACAGGGGGCCAGUAUGAAAAAUGUAUGCACUCACUAACUGUAAGUCGCUCAGGAUAAGAGCAUCUGCUAAAUGACUCAAAUGUAAAUAAGGUACAAUGUAGGACGGUGUGCAUUGUAUGCAAACACAGCUUCCAGCUGCACCCUGGCAGCGAUUCUAUGUAUUUCUUCAGAUAUUAAAAUCCUCCUGCUACAGGAUUAUUGUCCUCCUGUGAUGAAAAGGGUCAAUUUAAGAUCCAAAAUCUGUAACAAUGUUUGUUGGAUUUGUUUGCAAAUAACUUAUCAGUAAGAGAUUACUUGUUCAUUUGGAAUUUCCCAGAGCUCAGCGAAAGUCCAGCUAGGGAUGUUAAGAGGACAGUAUCGCCAGCAGUGUCCAGGAGCAACUGUCUGACCAUGAGAUCUGUCCUCUUGCCCACCUGAGCUGACUUUUGGCCUUAUCAAUGAGGUGUUGAACAGCUCAACUCGGCCCUCUCUGUGACCAUCAGAAGAACCCUUUCAGCGCGGUCAUCCCCUUUUGCCUCUAGUACUCAGGCAACUGUACAGAUGGUCAACAUGGUCCAGAGGUGUUGUGAUGAUCACACAAAUCCAGUGGACCAAUUAUAUGUUGAGUCCUGCAUUCCACCUGCAACAGAGGAGCUGAUGACUAUUUUUGAAGACAUGUUGGAUGAAUUGAAAAAAGAAGAUCAGGAAUCGGCUAAGCUGCUUUGA